AUGGGCGUGCCUUAUCCUGGAGCCACAUGGAUUGAUGGCGCGAACUGGGCGGGCUAUCUUACGACGCAAUACAACCGAAGCAAGUUAUUGACGUUUGACUAUGCGAUUGGAGGAAACACAGUACAAGGGGUGAGAAACCAAAUCAUGGGUGAUUUUCUUUCGACCAGAGGCGCCGGCCAUAAACCACACUAUGCGCCCUGGACAGCCUCUGAUUCUCUAUUUGCAUGCUUCGUUGGCAUAAAUGACCUUAAUACACACGCCCCCAUUAACCCAACUAUCAACGAACUCUUCGAUCUUUAUGAAACUUUGUACCGCGUUGGUGCCCGAAACUUCCUGUUCGUCAGCGUUCCGCCCAUUACCGCGCCCCAUUUGGCACCGACCCCACACUCGGAACACGUGUCGAUCUAUGGAAUACAAGACUGA